GCUUUUUGGCUGCUUGUCCUCACUCUUAGUGACAAGCUGGUCUAUCCUGUCCCUGUGCCGUUCCUUCCCUGGAGUUAGAACCAACUUCUUCAGGAUUCUACCUGGACUGAAAUGGCCGCUCUCUAGAGCUUCCCUGGGACUCCAGCACCAGACGGGGACGGCUGAGACAUCCAGUCUUACGGACUGAACAACUAUCAGAUCCUUCCCAUGGGAGACAGCCAGUGCUGGACUACUUAGAACACAGCCCAAAGCUGCUGAAUCCACGGAAGGACCGGACUUUGCCUUGAUUCAUUCACUUAGUGUCACCCCCAGUCAUUUUCACAACACCACGUGGGAGUGGCGAAAAGCAGAAUCCUCUGGCCUCCCUGUGACCCAAACUGCUGACAGACCUUUGUUCCUGUCCCUCCCUUGUCUGGGUCCUAGAGACCGACCAGGUCGGCUCCUCAGGAGGCCAGGCCGGCUCCGGACUCCCGUGUUGCUUCCCCAGGCUCAGCUCCAAGCUCCCCAUGGCGGCGACGCUGAGCCUGGAGCCCGCGGGGCGCAGCUGCUGGGACGAGCCGCUGAGCAUCUCCGUGCGCGGCCUGGCCCCCGAGCAGCCCGUCACACUGCGCGCCGCCCUGCGCGACGAGAGAGGCGCGCUCUUCCGCUCACACGCCCGUUACCGCGCCGACCCCCACGGCGAGCUGGACUUGGCGCGCGCGCCCGCGCUGGGCGGCAGCUUCGCGGGGCUCGAGCCCAUGGGGCUGCUCUGGGCAAUGGAGCCCGAUCGGCCUUUCUGGCGCCUGAUCAAGCGCGACGUGCAGACGCCCUUCGUGGUGGAGCUGGAGGUGCUGGACGGCCACGAGCCCGACGGCGGGCGGCUGCUGGCGCGGGCGGUGCACGAGCGUCACUUCAUGGCUCCCGGGGUGCGGCGCGUGCCCGUGCGCGAGGGCCGUGUGCGCGCCACGCUCUUCCUGCCUCCAGGAGAAGGACCCUUUCCAGGGAUCAUCGAUGUCUACGGUGUUGGCGGGGGCCUGUUGGAAUACCGAGCCAGCCUUAUGGCUAGCCAUGGAUUUGCUACACUGGCUCUGGCUUUUUAUGACUUUGAAGAUCUCCCUAAGGAUUUCAACAUCGUGGAAGUGGACUACUUCGAGGAAGCAGUGUGCUACAUGCUCCAACACCCCAAGGUAAAGGGCCCAGACAUUGGGCUUCUGGGUCUUUCUCUGGGAGCUGAUAUUUGCCUCACCAUGGCUUCGUUCUUGAAGAAUGUCUCAGCCACAGUUUCCAUCAAUGGCUCUGCAUUCAGCGGAAACAGACACAUACACUACCAGCAGACCACAAUACCACCACUGGGCCAUGACCUGAGGAGAGCGAAGGUGGCUUUCUCUGGAAUUCUGGACAUUGUGGAUAUACGGAACGAUCCUGUGGGAGGCUGUGAGAACCCCGGUAUGAUCCCGAUAGAGCAGGCCAAGGGGCCAAUCCUCUUCAUCGCUGGGCAGGAUGAUCAUUGCUGGAGGAGCGAGCUGUACGCUCAGAUAGCCUCUGAACGGCUGCAGGCUCGCAGAAAGGAGAGGCCGCAGUCUGGACAUCUGGAGAUGCAUAGACCUUUGGAGAGACAUUUGAUAUGUGACAUCUGGAGAGACACAGACAACCUCUGUCUCACAGGGACAUAAGGGCUUUUCUGUGACAGACGUUUGCAGAGGGGCCUGGUCACUCUCCUGCCUUGCCGGGCUGAGAACAGCUGUUACAGCCAUUAGAGAAGUGGGCAAGGGGAGACCUGGCUGAUGGAGCUCCUCAGGACCCAGCCAUUGGAGCUCCUGGGUGGGAGCUGGCCACUCAUGCCUCAAGUGAUCAGGCCCAGCCUGCAGUGUGGUCCAUGGAUGGAGCCCGCUGGCCAGAGGUCUCCAGAGCAGGGCUUACACGGGGUCUCUGAGCACUGCAGAGAAGGCCACGCCAGCUGCCUGAGUUGGCAUGAAUAACUAACAGAAGGACUUUGGAAAUUUAGACUAGGAAAGAGGUUGAACACUUCCAGAAGAGCUGGAUGGGUCAUCCUAGCAGGAGCCUGGAAGCCUGUGCACUAAGAACGGUGUGUGUGUAGCGACAACUCAAGAGGCUGCAGAAGAGAACAUUCUUGUGAUAUUUUGGCAACGAAUCUGACCGCUGUCUGCCCUUGUCCUAAGAACUUGUUAUAGGUUAAAUUUAAAAGAAACAGACUGUAUUUUUUAAUAUAAAGUAUUAAAGAUUAGAUAUUGUGGUU